GUGUGCGAAACGUGAUGUCAGAAGAGUUACAGGGUGUAUUGAGUGGUAAUUUCCCAUCCUUUCAGGCUGUUGGCCUGGGGUAGGACUAAAUAGAUUUAAAUAGUGGAGUGGGUUUUUGGUAAGUGUAGAGAAUUUGUUUAUUUUAUUAUUAAAAAAAUAAAAAAUAAACAAAGUUUAUUAAGGGAGUUGUACUCCAGUCUAGUAGGUGGUGGUAAUGCAACCUUUUUUGGAUGACAACCGCUUUUCAACCUCAUCGAAGAAUAUCCGUGACCUGGAAGUACUUCUUUAUUCCUGCCUGCUUCACAGCGGGCGUCACACUUAGAGGCUGCUGCGUGUUUUUUUUCCACCAAAACAUGAACCUUAGUUCAAUUAGUUAACCUGUAUUCAUACGAGGAUUAUUUCGUUUACAAUGUACAUUUUAUCAACAUUACUUUAAAAAGUUGUAAGCCAAAGGUUGGACACGUUUUUUUUCUGGCGACUGUGGUGUACUGUGCUAACUAACGCGUUAGCUGGCUAGCCCAUUCCCCAUACAAACUAGUCUGUUGUUUUGGACACUAGUCGGCGGAUAAGGGUCAACAAAGAGAGGUAUCUAUUGUUUGACUUUUUUGUGUAAACUUGAGUGUCAUACACAAAGUGUAUCCCACUCACUGGCUGAGUUUCCAACACUAGAGUGUGUUGUCACGAUACCAGAAUUUCUUUCGAUACCAGGUUUAGUAACUCGAUACCAUGGCACUUGAUCCAGACGUAUAACUCAGCGAACGUUACUGCUCUGUUUUAUCGUUGGAUAUCUUUUGAGUUCAAUAUCAUUACAUUUUAAAUUUGAUGUCAACAUUUUUCAGAGACAGCCAUGUAUGCAUCAAUUAAUAAAUUGUACAAUCAUGAUUAAUUUGACUGUUUUGACCAAUGUAACUACUUAACGGUAAUCAUUUAUUUGAAUGGUAAACCUCUAUUGGUAAACAUGGUAAAUCAAGAUGGCCUCGGCGGCCUAUUCAAAAUACAGGUGUAAGCGUAUUCAAUGAGUAAGUGCAUACAUUGAGUUAUUGUGCUUGUUUUCACUAUUCAAAUCCAAUUGUAUUUGUCACAUGGGCCGAAUACAAGUGUAGACCGUACAGUGAAAUGCUUACUGACAAGCCCAUAACCAACAAUGCAGUUGUAAGAAAAUACUUUAAAAAUUAUUUAAUAUGGCUACAGAUGACAACCUGUUUCCCUCCCAAUUGGGACUUAUUUUAUUGUACUGAUCAACAUUUACAAUCUCUUCUAUAAAAUCCAUUAAUGAAGUCAUUCAUGAUGAGACAUAUAGCCCAUCUGUAAGUAGCCCAUCCAUCUACCUCAUCCCCAUAUUGUUAUUUAUUAAUAUUUUUGCUCCUUUGCACCACAGUAUCUCUACUUGCACAUUCAUCUACUGUACAUCUAUCACUCCAGUGUUUAAUUGCUAAAUUGUAAUUACUUUGCCACUAUGGCCUAUUUAUUGCUUACCUCCCUAAUCUUACCUAAUUUGCACACACUGUAUAUAGAUUUUUUUCUAUUGUGUUAUUGACUGUAUGUUUGUUUAUUCCAUGUGCAACUGUUUGCGUCGCACUGCUUUGCUUUAUCUUGGCCAGGUCGCAGUUGUAAAUGAUAACUUGUUCUCACCUGGCCUACCUGGUUGAAUAAAGUUGGAGAAAGAAAGAGGGGGAAAAAUGUCCAUAUAGUCUGUUGAGGGAGACGUUACAGACGGUGGGAAAGUGUCUUUGGACGUGAUGCAGAGAUGAUUAAGUGAAUUAAUAACGUUUUUGGUGGCAGCUUUGAAAUCGGCAUAUUUUGCAUAAUUAUUUGCAUUAUAUCACAAAGUGCUAGGGUUGUGAAUUGUUUGAUGUUAGCUUCAGCUGUAAGCUAGCAUUGAAAGUUAACCUACAAUUACAACUGGAAGCUACCGGUAUCAUCUUGCAUUGUAUUAGGAUUCUAGCCUGUAUGGACAUUGUUUUGUUAACAGUUUCAACAUUUCCACAUGCCGUGUUGCAUUAUUCAAGUGUGGUAACUUCUGUGCAGCAUGAGUGGGGAGCUAGCAAUGAGUAAAUGGAGCAGGUAAGAGGCAUGAACGGUGCGCUCACUGCAGAAGGGGACAUCGGCUGGGCUGAAAGACUUCAUCCUCUCAAUCAUUAUACGACUUGAGACACAUUUGACAGAAGUACAGAAAGUAACAAAUUCUAGUACCGAACCGUUUUUCCAUGUUCAAGUAUUGAAGUUUCAGUAUACUGUGCAACACUACACUACAGAGGUCAACCAAAGAGGGUGACCAACCAAUGAGCAUUCUCAUUGGUUGAGCAUUCUGUUCGAAUUGGGAUGUCCAAAAUUGAGCGUCUGAAUGCCCGUGUGGCAAAGCUGCUGACGGUGGCAGUGCAUGAGGUUCUGGAGGUGGUGAAAGAGACUGUGUCAGAAUACCAGGAGAAAACAGCCAGAACUCAAAGAGAGAAUGAGAGUCUGAGGAGAAGACUGCAGGAAAUGCAGGACAAGAUGAAGAGAGAGAACACAGCUGCUCAACUUGCAACAUUUCCUGCGACUGGUGGCCGUGGAAGAGUGGCCAUCGAGAAACCGUCAGAGCAGGGUUGGAGCCCUAGUCUGAGGCAGGACAGCCCAGAGCCCACACAGGUAGAUGAGAAACCAGCGCUCACUUUCGAACAGACUGUGAGACUAAGGCAGGAGGAGGAGGAGUACAAUGCACUGGAGCUGGAUCAAACAGCACACUAUGAGACAGAGUGUAACUUUACCUUAACCUUACCCGGGCAUCACGAGGAGGUGGCACGGCAAUCAGAUGAAGCCGUUUCGGUCGACGUGCCUCAGGGUGUGAAAAAUGACUCGCACUCAGACUUGAAUAGCACUUCACAGGGAAACACCCAGCUUGGCAUCAAUCUGACUGUUAUCAAGACGGAACCCGAGCCCACCGAGUGCUCAGCACCCGAACCGUUGACUAUCCCGGAGACCUUUGAUUGUGUCGAUUUAAGCUGCAAUUCCACACGCUACGAUCCAACAACGAAUGCUCACAAGUCUCAUGUGAGCACUGUACCAUAUAACGAACUCGUAUUCGUCCACUCGAGUCACAACAGCGUCGGGAGGAGGUUUGGGUUUGGGAAAAACAGUAGGGACGGGAGGAAACACCAUAGGCAACACUUCAGGAGGGAUGAGCCGCACAGCUGCUUUGUGUGCGGCAAGACGUUCAGCCGGGUGGGGAACCUGCGUAUCCACCAGCGCUGUCACACAGGCGAGAAACCCUACUGCUGCCUUCAGUGCGGCCGGUGUUUCAGUCAGGCCGGGGACCUCAAAAAGCACAAAAGGGUCCACACAGGGGAGAAGCCAUACUAUUGCGGCCAGUGCGGCAAGAGCUUCAGCCGUGGGGAGAACCUAAAGAGGCAUCAGAAGAUCCACAUCGGAGAGACCUUACACCUGCAGCAGGCAUGGAGAGAUCAACAGUCAAACUAGGCGUUCAAAGCAAUCUUUUGAGAAAAAACUAUAUAAAUGCACAUAGUGCAUAUGAAUUAAUGCACAUGCAGUGCGUGGUACUGAAAUUAACAUGAGAUCUGCAGUGCUGAAAAAGUAAAGUGACUGGGUCAUACUCAUGGGUGGAUUGGCUGUAUUAUUCAGGUUAUCGAUUUAGUCAAUGGGUAACAUGUAUUUUGACCAUUAGUGGAUGGCAUACCUUUGAUCCACUGGAGUGUUCAUUAUUCAAUAGGCAAACCUCUUAUCACUGGCUUUUGAAUAAGAGAGUGCGGUGUAAGCAACAAAAUGUUUUGUACACUGAAACAUUUAUCUCCUCUGUACACAUACAGGAAAGACUUGGAUGUUGUGUGACAAAUCGAGCAUUACAACAUUGUUCAUGAUGAUUAAAGAGAGACGUGAGCAAACUGAG